GUGACACGAUUCCUUUACUUCUGCCAGGAAGAAGUGCUAGAAACUUCCAGAACUGCCGAAAUGGUUGUGUGGACAGAUGCUGAGCGCGCCGCCAUCACCGGCAUCUUCUCGAAGCUUGACUAUGACUUCGUAGGGCUUAAUGCUCUGGCCAGGUGCCUCAUCGUGUACCCCUGGACCCAGCGGUACUUCGCCAAGUUUGGUAACUUAUACAACGCGGCUGCCAUCAUGGGGAACCCCAUGGUCGCAGCUCAUGGCAAGGUAGUCCUGCGUGGCCUAGACAAAGCAUUGAAGAACAUGGACGACAUCAAGAACGCUUAUGCUCAGCUGAGCGAGCUGCACUCCGAGAAGCUUCAUGUGGAUCCUGACAACUUCAAGCUGCUGGCCGACUGCAUCACCAUUGUAGUGGCUGGGCAGAUGGGCUCUGCCUUCACCGCUGAUGUCCAGGCUGCCUGGCAGAAGUUCCUGGCUGUUGUUGUCUCUGCUCUCUGCAGACAGUACUACUAGAAGUUUUCUUCAACUAGAGCACUGAGCAACAGCUCCGGAGGUGUUCUGUUUUGAGGAACAGGAACAUUAAUGAUUUAAUAAAAGAGGAAUUAAGAACCA